AUGAAUUCUACUUCACAGAAUGGCCGAGCUACACGCUCAUCUCUCGCCUGUUUGCCCUGUCGCUCACGUCACCUAAAAUGCGACGGCAAGCGACCGUGCUGUACCCGCUGCGCGGAGUUUGGCAAACAGUGCAACUAUGCUCAAUCGCGCAGAGGCGGACUCGACCGGGCGGCCCUGGCUGAGCGGCGCAAGAGACACGCUGUGACCGAAGAGCCUACGGUAUCUGAUGAACUGAGCCCGCAAAGACACACGGUGGUUCAACAGGGCCCGGAAUGUACACCUCCAUUUCUUGAAAUAGACCUCCCGAGUAGCUACGAUCUACUCAAUGGGAUCGGCGUUGGUGAUGAUAUCGCUGGAAUGGCAUCGCCAGCAGCAACCCAAUUGUUUAUCGGCAAUAUCGAGAAAGAUGUCUUGAUCGAUGCAUAUUAUAAGGACUUUCACAAGUUGCAUCCAUUCCUCCCGCCACAAAGGCACUUCUACAGACUUUGCCAAGAUCCGAGCAGACGGCUUAACUUCUCACCACUUGUUGCUAUCAUGCGCUUGGUUGGACAUAUUGUCCACUCGCGAGAAUGGCCAACAUCACUCAAGGACUAUGCCGAGACAUGCUUUUCACAGACAUCACCGACAGAUCCAAUUAUGGUCCAAUGUCGACUCUUAUAUUCGAUGGUGUUGUUCUGGUACGACUAUAAGGCUGAGGCCAAGAUCGAGAUGGACAAAGCAAUUCGCCUUGCUGUUGAUCUACAGAUGUGUCUUCAUGGCUUCGCGACGAAACACGGUGGCGAUGACCCUGUGUUGACGGAAAGUUGGAGGCGCACGUGGUGGAUGCUCUACCUCGUCGACGCAUAUUAUGCUGGGACUCUCGGAACUAUGAACUUAGAAGUCGUGGACAUUGACUCUACCGUGGAACUGCCCUGUGAAGAGUCGGAGUUCGAGUCCGGGAACAUUCCCACGCCUAAAAGUCUUGAAGAAUUUGACUGUCGCGAAUUCACUCCCGAAACCACAUUCUCGUCAUUUGCCUACCUCAUUGGCGCAGUUCGCUGUGCAGCGUCGGCAAUAGCGUCUGCGCCGAAGAUUGCGAGUAAAGAAGACUCAUUACAAAUAAUCCAGGCCGCAGACUCCGGCCUUGAUGGUUGGAGGCUUCUGCUACCGGAGAAUCGCAAGCAAGUCAUGACCAAGACAGGAGAGAUUGAUGAAUUAAUGUUCCAAGCGCACCUGCUUGUCCAUGUAGCCACCAUCGGGUUACAUCGACCAUUCUCAGACCUCAAGUUCAACGCCGUGGAAGAUGUAUCAAGCUGCGCACGAGAACCACCUCUCGACACACCUAGGCCAGACCUCGUCAACGUACACACAGUGCGAGUCCUCCGCUCUGUCGAAGCCCAAAUCCGCCUCCUAGCACUCCCAGUCCGGAAAUUUCACCACACACCAUUCACAACCUGCAUGGUCAGCGAAGGCACACUGGCACUCCUAUCAGCCUGCAACUACCUGUUCAAAGGAAAGGAUCUAGCAACAGCAAGAGACCAGAUCCGCAUGACUAUCGGGUGUCUUAAGGCAUUGGGUGAGAUCUGGCCGCGGACAGCGAGAAAUGUUCGUGAGAUCCAGACUAUUGCCCAUCAUGUGCUGGGAAUUAGGUCGAAGAUUGCGGGUCCGAGCGAUACUCCUAGCUCAAGUGAAGUGCCACCUCUUUUUGGUGGUCAAGAGCAGAGAGGUCUUGGCUCGGAGGGGGAUUCGAGUAAUGGUACUGAUAUGUUGCCUUCACUGGGCUCGAUUGAGGAUCUUUGUGGAUGGUACAAUCUGAGUGAUCUGGAUGAUCUUCCGUGGGGGGUGACUGGUCAAUGA